AUGUCCGACACAUCCAACUGUACCAUAUCAACAUGUCCUAUGAGCGAGGCUGAAAUCGACUACAUGCCUAAUGUCCCUGCCAAUGCCUUUUUCGUCGCCCUCUUCGCUGUCGUCUUCUGCAUUCAAUUAUUCGCAGGGGUGUGGUACCUAACAUGGGCAUAUACAGCUGCCAUGCUUCCAGGUUUAAUCCUGGAAGUAUUGGGAUAUGUUGGGCGGAUUAUGCUACAUCAAAACCCCUUUAACUUUAACAGCUUUCUACUAUACCUUAUCUGCUUAACCAUUGCCCCCGCCUUCUUCAGUGCCGCCAUCUAUAUCUGUCUGGGAAGGAUCAUCACCAUCUAUGGGACUCAACUCGCACGAUUCCGACCUCGAACAUAUACUAUUAUCUUCGUAUCCUGUGACUUGACCUCCCUGGUACUCCAAGCAGCUGGUGGAGCCAUCGCCUCUAUCGCCGACAGCGGCCAAGUCAGCUUACAGAACACGGGUAUCAAUAUCAUGAUUGCAGGAUUAGCCUUCCAAGUCGCUUCUCUUCUGCUAUUCAUGGUCCUGGCUACUGAGUUCAUCUUCUCUGUUCACAAGAACUCCAAGGAGAGGAAUGAUAAGUUCACCGGUCUUCGUGAACAGCGGAAAUGGAAGAUGUUUCUUUACUGUCUUGGACUUGCAACUGUGACCAUCUUUAUUCGAUCCACUUUCCGUGUUGCAGAGUUGCAGGGUGGAUUCUCAAGUUCCUUGGCUAAUAACCAAGUUGAUUUGAUGGUCCUAGAGAGCUCAAUGGUCUCUAUCGCUUGUAUUUGUUUGACUAUUGGUCAUCCGGCAUUCAUCAUCGGUCGGACUUGGCGUUCUCUUUGA